UGCGUUCAACAACAACCACCCCCGCACCGAUCCUACACUGUUUCCCCAAAGCUGGAGAGUGGCCUGUCUUUUGCCCAAUUGGGCCAGGGUUGUGAGUGGAGAAGCUAAGAUGCCGGUGUGGUGUAGUCUAGCCUGUAUUGCUGUUCUGGGAUUGCUCAGUGGCUCCUCGGGACUCACAUCAGCUCUGCAAAACCCUGAGAAGCUCUUCACCAGGCCUGUACGACGGGAUGUGAAGGCCAUUCCGCAGAAUCAGCUGAACAUAUCAGCCCUCAACACGGCCCUGGCCUUUGAACCAUACCAGGACCUGACGGCCAGAAGUGCUGUAGGGCAGCAGGACAAUAUCUUGUUCUCACCUUUGGGGCUGGCAUCAGCUCUGGCUCUGCUGUGCCGAGCCUCUGAUCCGGAGAGUCGGAGGCGGGCCCUGCAGGUCCUUGGUGUUGAGGACAGAACGUCACAGAAGAGCUUUGAGGCCACCUUAUCAGCUCUAGCAGAUCUGCAACACAACCUCACCAUAAGGGAGGGAGGGGGUGAAGGUGUUUACCAGAAGAUGCAAUCUGAGGCUGUGGUUGAAGCUCCUAUGGGUAGCAAUGGAUCGGGGGCCGAAGCAGGAAAUGAUUCUGAUGUAAAUGAUGGAGCAGAGGGGAGGAGUCAGCUGCUAGUACGGAGCAACCUUCAUGUCGAUGGGAAACCCUCUGUAGACUUUGAAGGCUUUUUAUCCCAACUGCAGCAUCCUGAGCAACCCGAGCUGAACACCAGCUUUGAGACACUGAUGACAGAUCUGCGAGAUUCAGACAAACUUAAUCUCAACAGUUUUGUGUAUUUUAAAGGUCUGCAGCCUUUUGAAAGGCGCCACACAGUGCUGCGGAGCUUCCAACUCAAUGCUACGACCUCUGUGGAGGUUGAUAUGAUGUUCCUGGAUGACUCCUCUGAGGUGAUGAUGCUGUACGACACCAACUGCUCAGCCACCGUGGUGCGGCUGGCCUUCACAGAGCGGCUGGCCUCGCUGCUGCUGCUGCCUAAAGGGGGGAUUCAGCCGCUGGAGGACUGCCUUUCUGACCACCGCAUGAGGUUUUGGCUCAGCAACUUGAAGCCAGGGAGGGCAGAGAUCCGUUUUCCAAAGUUCCAGCUGAGAAAAUCGUAUAAUUUGGAGAGUAUCCUGAGAAAGGCUGGGAUUUCGUCGCUUUCCUUGCAUGCAGGCAACGUCUCCUGGACACAAGAGAUGAGGAAACUGAAGCUCAAUGAGGCUCUUCAUGAGGUCAUGCUGGAGGUGGAAGAGUCCGGUUCCAGAGAGAUGGCUAAAAUGGACGUUCCGCUUGAUUUCAGUGUUCCCCAAAGGAUCACCUUUGACCGACCGUUUAUACUAAUCAUUUAUGAUUAUCUGACUGGGCUUGUGCUGCUCAUCAGCAGGAUUACUGAUCCCACAGAUGUCUAGAUACAAGACAAUGCCCUCUGCUCUCUGUCUUUGUUUUUCUGUGUUUACCUACCAAACAGGAUAGUUUGACUUUCAGCAGUGCUGCAUGUCAUAAGAGGAUAAAGUAACAAAUCUAGUGAGUUCAGAGAAGUGAGCGCAUAUUGAUUUUCAAACAUUAUGAGAAGAUUCAUGGUUUAAUUCUCUAUUCUCACAAAAUGAUGAAAAGACAUUCAAAUGGCUGCAAUUUAUCCCUGUGACUGAAUCACUGCUAUCUGGUAAAAACAUAAAACAUUCUUUCUUCCAUUACAAAAGCAUUUUCUCUGUUGUCUUUUUCCACUCUGAAACCCAUUUCCUCCCUUAACAUCUCUUUAUCUUCUUAGGCAAUUAUCGGGAAAUUGCUUUGCAAGUCUAUCUAGGCUCAUUCGCCGACACAAAACAGCAAAGGCUGCUGAAAUAGUGUCACAUUUUAGUGGCUUCCUGCAGCUUUUUGCCUCAGUCAGGCAGCCAUGUGGCAACGCUGCAUUGAUAUUUACCUCCCUGAAGAGAUGAUGAAUAGAGGAUAGUUUGGAUGAAAAGGACGGCAGAUCCAUCAUAACUAACACAAAUGUCGGCCUAUUAAUCAGCGAGGCUUUUCACUGAUUCAUGGAAAGACUGUGGAUCAAGAGCCAUAAGGCACCGGUUCCUGAUUCAGGGUCUGCCUACAUGUGCAAACUGAGGCAAACGCCCCCAUUUCCAACUUAUUUUAUCAUUUCUCUCUGGUCUUUCAAAGUGCCUGUAAAGUUUUCAUCUGAACAUUUUAAAACACUAUUAAAUUAGUUCAAAACUUCAUCCCCUAACUGAAAUAAAUUAUUUCAAAUACCAUUUUCUCUCCAUCACAGACAAUAUAGAGAUUUCCUGUAAUUGUAUUUUCACUGUAAAGCAUGUUGUGGCUGCUGCUUAAUAAAGAUGCUAUAUACAUAGAUGUCCA